ACGGUGACUGGAGGGGCGGGGGAGGGGAGGUUUGAAGCAGAGGGUGUGUCAAAUCAAAUGCCGUUUGCAUUCCUUAGGAGUGUAUAAACCAGUAUCUAAGACGCGUAUGUAAGAGACAUAGGAACUGGUAAGAAAAACUUUUAAACCUGAUCAUACAAGAACGGAGAGCCAUUGAAAACUUUCAAACGCACUCAAACUUUUUUUGGUGAAUCAAGAAGCAAUCACCCAAGACAAAAAUGCCAGGAGACCGGUCGACGGUGAGUGGUUCUGUUGUGGGCCGUUUCCAUGGCGUCGCCCCGACCACAGUGCAGAUAACCAACCAGAAGGAGGCGGAGUCUAAUUCUAAGAAGCAGGGAGGCUGUCGCCGUUGGUUUCAGAAGAUGUGCCCCUGCUGCUGUCGACGCCAGAGCAGCUCGUAUGACAUCACAGACACUGUCAUCACGGAUGACGGGGUGAAACCAACCACGCUCCCCGAGCCUCCUCAGCCCCACACUGGAGACAACGAGCUGGAAGAACUGAUGUUGUCGGUGCGCUCGGUGGAUCUACUGAGCUCUAAGACGGGUCAGAACCGCCUGGAGCAUCACACCAACCUUUACCAUGGCAAUGAGCUCAUCAUCCGACGUGGCCAGACGUUCCAGAUGGAACUGGACCUGUCGCGACCUUUCAACUCCAACACAGACAAACUCCACCUGGAACUCAAGACAGGACCCGUCCCCAUGGUGUCUAAGGGCACACACAUCAUAAUUAAAUUGGUGGAGGAACUGGAGGACAACAGCUGGGAGGCUAAGAUCGUGAAGCAGAACGGCAACAGGAUCAAGCUGUCCGUAAACUCGCAUCACAAAGCCGUGAUUGGCCAGUACAAGCUCACUGUGAUGGUGAAGUGCCCUAAGCAGGAGGUGGCCGUCACACACGACCCCAGCAAAGACGUCGUCAUGCUGUUCAACCCAUGGUGUGAAGUUGACACAGUGUACAUGGAUGACGAGGAGGAGAAGAAGGAGUAUGUACUGAAUGACAUAGGAAGACUCUACUACGGUACAGAGACACAGAUUGGAGCUCGCACAUGGAACUAUGGACAGUUCCUUGAGGGGAUGCUUGAGGCCUGUCUCUAUGUGCUGGAGAAGAGUGAGAUCCCUCCGUCUGGUAGAGGAGAUUCUGUCAACGUGGUCAGAGUCAUAUCUGCCAUGAUCAACUCCCCAGAUGACAAUGGGGUCCUGGCAGGAAACUGGUCAGGGAACUAUGUAGGAGGAGUUUCCCCUACAGCCUGGAGUGGCAGUGUGGACAUUCUGAUGAAAUACCACAAGGAGGGAGGCCAGCCUGUCAAAUACGGACAGUGCUGGGUCUUCUCUGGCGUUACCACCACAGUGCUCAGGUGUCUGGGUAUACCGUGUCGUAGUGUAACAAACUUCCAGUCUGCCCAUGACACAGACGUCUCACUCACAACAGACGUGUAUCUGGAUGAGAAUAUGGAGCCGCUGGACCACCUCAACUCUGACUCUGUUUGGAACUUCCAUGUAUGGAACGACUGUUGGAUGUCCAGGCCAGACCUUCCUCCUGGUAUGGGUGGCUGGCAGGCACUAGACUCCACCCCCCAGGAGACCAGCCAGGGGACCUUCCGCUGUGGCCCUGCCUCUGUCACCGCCAUCCGCACCGGCCAGGUCUACCACAAAUAUGACACGCCCUUCGUCUUCGCUGAGGUGAACAGUGAUAAGAUCUACUGGCAGAGGAACCUGGACGGUACCUUCACUCAGAUCCACAGUGAGAAGAAGGCUGUGGGACACUUCAUCAGCACCAAAGCUGUGGGCUCUGAUGAGCGCGCUGACAUCACACACCUGUACAAACACACCGAAGAAUCAGAGGAAGAGCGCAUUGCUGUGGAGACAGCCAGUCGCUAUGGCACCAGGCCUGAUGUGUACUCCACGCCGAUGGCGAAGGACGUGAGCGUGGAGGUGAAGAUGGAGGGGGAGGGGCCUCGUAUGGGGGAGGAUGCCCAGCUGACCAUCGUGGUGACCAACCUGAGCUCCCAGCCGCGCAGAACCACGCUCCACAGCCAGGUGGCCGUCAUGUACUACACCGGGGUGCUGAAGGGAACCGUCCAGAAAAACAAACUGCCUGUGGAACUCAUGCCCAAUGAAGUGAAGACCAUACAGUGGGUCCUACCCUACCAGAGCUACCAGAACCAGUUGGUGGACCAGGCUGCUCUGAUGCUGACUCUGUCUGGACGGGUCUCUGAGACCCAGCAGGUCCUUGCCACUCAGACCAACUUCAGGCUCCGCACACCGGACCUCAACAUCGAGCCUGAAGGGGACGCGGUGGUGGGUAAGGAGAUGGCAGCCAAGAUCACGUUCACCAACCCUCUGCCACAUAAACUGAGGGGUGUGGUGUUUAGGGUGGAGGGACUGGGCCUGCAGAAGGUCCGCGAGGUGGUUGUGGGUGAUGUUGGAAGCCACUCCACGGUGACUCUGACAGAACACUUCAUCCCUACCCAGGCUGGGCCCAGGAAGUUGGUAGCGGCUCUGGACUGUAAACAGCUGACACAGGUGCACGGCGUUGCUGACAUCGACGUCCAGAGCCAAUGAGAGGGAGCCUGCAGCUCUCUCCUGUCCACUUACCUGGCCUUUAAUUCAAGUCUCAUCAUAGAAAAUGGGAAACCUUUUAUUCAGUUCUCCCAAGGCAUAAGUAUUGUUUGAUAUAUUUGAUAUUUCAUGCUGUCAUGUAAUUAUGGAAAUAUCCUGAUCUUUGGAUGAAGUUGUAAACGAUUGUUAACAAGCGCUAAUCUUUUUGAUACUCACGUAAUAUCCUAGAAUAUCCUAGAAUAUCCUGAUACUCACGUAAUAUCCUAGAAUAUCCUGAUACUCACGUAAUAUCCUAGAACCAGUGCGCUUUGCUCUGAAAUGGAUUUGCUGUUACUGUAAGGGCUGUCCACACCUAUAAAGAAGAAACAUCAAACUAUUGUUGGGGCCAUUGAAAUAGUUUAUGAAAAAUCCAGUGGUAAAUGUAAUUAUCUAGCUGUACAUUAUCUAAUAUUACUGUAUUUUUUAACAAACAAUGUCAUGGUGCUGUCAUCAAACAUUUGAUAAAUACACUGUAUACAUGUGUUAUAAUAUUCCAUUAUGUUAGUGUUCAAGUAUUUAUGUUAUCAACAUGUUGGAUAAAGUGUAACGUCUGUAGCAUAACAUGUCGGUCAAAUUGUAUUUUAUAUGGCUUAUUUGAAGCACCAGUUUGAUUUUAUAUGAGGGUUAUGCCUAAAGAUCUUCUCAAUGUGUUAAUGUUUAUGUGAAAUAACUAAAGUCAGUAUUAUGGCCCAUUCAUUGGUCAUUGUGCUUCCUUGCCUUAAACUGUUCUUAUGAAACAAAGAGUCAGCUCCUGAACAUUAAGAGAUGGAAACAAAGCCUUUGUUGACCUCGCUCUGCUCUCCUAGUGUUAGGGAGCUUUUUACUGCACUUAAAAUUCAAGGAAGUAAACUGUUUUAAAGAGUUACAUUUUAUUGUAUUAAUGUAUCUUUUUGUAUGUAUUGUCAAUGUAUUUGCUAAUAAAACAACUACUGAG